UAUACUAAAACUCGAAACGGGGACGGACUGGUAUCCGAUUUGACUUUGUAAGAGAAGCUUGAGAUUGAUCUCUAACAGAAGAUGAAAUGAUUUUAUCAAAAGAGUUUACAUAAAUGGAAAGAGAAAAGGAUAAAGAUUCAAUUCAGUGUUUUUAUUGUAAGAAGAAUGGACACAAGAAAGACAAAUGCCCUGAAAAAGGAAAACAAAUAGAACCUCCACAAGUUCAUCAAAGACUGAAAUGGAGUUUUGAGGAUCCUAUGAAGCACUAUUUUGAAGAGAGAGAUAGAAAACAAAUGGAAGAAAAAGAAGAAAGAGUGCAAAAGUUAAAAGAAUUAAUUGAAAGCACAUCUUCAGAUUCUGAAAUUGAAAAUGGAAAGAAGAAACAGAAGAAAAAGAAGAAAAAGCAUUCCCAUUCUUUAUCUGUUGAUGAUGAAUUAAAGAUGAAUAAAAAGAGAAAGAAAUCAAAGCAUAAAAAAGUUAAAAGAUUGAAAACAGACAAAAUGCAUUCCUCUGACAAUGUUAAAGAUCAUACCAAAAACAAAGUAAAACAUAAAUCCAAACAUAAAGUUAAACAUAAAAAACAUCAUAAACAUAAAUCUUGAUAUGAUUAUUUAUCUAGAGGUAUGACAAAAUGUUACAAUGAGGUUACCAUUUAAGUCAAGGUGGAGUAGAUGGCUUUCUUUCACUUUAGGGGUCUCUAUACUUUAUCUAGAGACAUGAAAAAAUGUUACAAUGAGGUUACCAUUUAAGUCAAGGUGGAGUAGAUGGCUUUCUUUCACUUAAGGGGUCCCUAUACUUUAUGAUUAUGGUUAUGUUCGGCUUUUUAUAUAUUAAGUUUAGGUUUUAUGGAUUCAUAAUAGUUCAGGGUUAAGUUUUGAACUUUUGGGUUAGGGUAAGUUUAGUAUAGCCUUAUAAGGUUUGGACCCCUAAAGUAAAAAAAGGCUGACUUGAUGAUUUCCUAUGUAAAUCUAUGUUGGAAUGCUGAUUGAUAUACAAUUAAAUCUGAAUGCUAAAAAAAUAUAGGGAAAAGUAUGCUUGUUUAAUUUUAAAGCUAAUUUGAAAUUGUGCUUUUUACCCAUAUAAGGUCAUAUGGUGAAAAUACUGUAAAUUCAGAAAUUAUUGCUUGCAUUUAUUAUUGCCAUUUUUCAAAAAUUGACAAGAAUGCAAGUUCAAUUAUUGCAAUUUAAGAAAAAUUUACAUACAGAUCUAUAGUUUCGUUAUCAAAAUGCAAGUUCAUUGCAGUACUCACUGAGUCGCAUUAUUUGCAUUAUUAAUAAAAACCUCGCAAUAAUUUCUUGAUUUACAGUUUACUAUUUGAAGACACAGCUUCAGAUAGAUAUGAAAAAAGUUCUCUACUUCAUAAAGGAAAAAUAUUCACUGAGGUUGUUCUAUGAAGCAAAUGCAUUUGAUAAGCGAUUGACCACUAAAAGGUUUUGAAUUACUUUAAUUUACUUCUAUAAAUAAAUGUGACAAAAUAUGUUUAGUGCCAUAUUGCUUUAUAUUGUACACGAUGUGCCUUUUGAUAUCAAGA